GGUGAGAAGAUCCAGGGUCACCCUACUGCUGUGGUGCAGGUGACAGGGGGGCAGGAGGCCUACCCACUAGUUCUUUGCCAGCUGUAAAUGUUUGGGGUGCAGGAGAGUUUGGGAAGAGGAGGACCUGUGCUGAGAGACAAAGCCCUGGCAGCUGGGAUGGAUCCUGUCAGGUCCUGGGUGAGGAAUGUUGGAGUGGUGGAUUCCAAGGUGGCAGCUCAGAGUGGGGUGGCAGUGUCCCGGGCACACUUUGAGAAGCAGCCCCCAUCCAAUCUGCGGAAAUCCAACUUCUUCCACUUCGUGUUGGCGCUGUAUGACCGGCAGGGGCAGCCCGUGGAGAUAGAGCGCACCAGCUUCGUGGACUUCGUGGAGAAUGACAAGGAGCUGAGCACGGAGAAAACCAAUAACGGCACUCAUUACCGACUGCAGCUCCUCUACAGCAACGGUGUCCGGACUGAGCAAGACCUUUUUGUGAGACUUAUCGACUCUGUGACAAAGCAGCCAAUAGCAUAUGAAGGACAGAAUAAGAACCCGGAGAUGUGUCGUGUUCUGCUCACACACGAGGUCAUGUGCAGUCGCUGCUGUGAGAAGAAGAGCUGCGGCAAUCGGAACGAGACCCCAUCAGAUCCCGUCAUUAUUGACAGGUUCUUCCUCAAGUUCUUUUUGAAAUGUAACCAGAACUGUCUGAAGACGGCAGGCAACCCUCGCGACAUGAGGCGGUUCCAGGUUGUCCUCUCCACCACGGUGAAUGUAGAUGGACAUGUUCUGGCCGUAUCAGAUAACAUGUUUGUUCACAACAACUCAAAGCAUGGAAGGCGGGCAAGGCGGCUGGACCCUACGGAAGCCACACCUUGCAUCAAAGCCAUCAGUCCCAGCGAGGGUUGGACAACGGGUGGUGCUAUGGUUAUCGUCAUUGGAGACAAUUUCUUUGAUGGACUUCAAGUGGUAUUCGGGACUAUGCUGGUUUGGAGUGAGCUCAUCACUCCGCAUGCUAUCCGUGUGCAGACGCCGCCGCGGCACAUUCCAGGCGUGGUAGAGGUGACUCUAUCAUACAAAUCCAAACAGUUCUGCAAAGGGGCCCCAGGGAGGUUUAUUUACACAGCAUUAAAUGAGCCAACAAUCGAUUAUGGCUUCCAAAGGUUACAGAAAGUGAUCCCCAGGCAUCCUGGUGACCCAGAACGAUUGGCUAAGGAAAUGUUGCUGAAAAGGGCGGCAGACCUGGUGGAAGCAUUGUAUGGAACCCCCCAUAAUAACCAGGACAUCAUGCUGAAGAGGGCGGCGGACAUUGCUGAGGUUCUGUACAGCGUCCCACGCAACCACAAUCAGAUACCCACACUAUCCAGCUCCCCUGCACAUGGCGGCAUGAUGGGAAUUAAUACAUAUGGUGGGCAGCUAGGAGUCACAAUUUCAGAAUCACAGGUCAAUAACCAGGGAUACAUCCGGAAUACAAGCAGUAUCUCCCCACGUGGCUAUUCCACCAGUUCCACUCCCCAGCAGUCUAACUACAGCACUCCUAGCAACAGCAUGAAUGGCUACAGCAAUGUACCCAUGUCCAACCUGGGCGUACCCGGGUCUCCUGGAUUCAUCAAUGGCUCACCCACUACGUCACCCUAUGGCAUUAUGCCCUCCAGCCCACCUUUGGGGUCUUCUGGAAGUUCCUCCAUCCUGCCUUUCUCCUCCUCUGUCUUCCCCUCCAUGAAACAGAAGAGUGCCUUCGCCCCAGUUAUCCGACCGCAGGGCUCCCCAUCUCCAGCCUGUUCUAGUGGAAAUGGUAAUGGUUUUCGAGAGGGCAGCGGAAAUUUUUCCCAAUUGUAAAGGCAACGGAAUAUUCAAAUGCUAUAGUGCUAUAUAAAUAUAUGCCAUGACUGGGCUGGUUGUCCCACCUAUGUGAGACAGAAUAGGACUAUUUGUAUAUUUAAUAGAAGUGGACGAAACGCGUCAAGACAUUGCGUGUAAUGGUGAGGUCCAUCUCUGAGGUCGGAUCUACACAUCAAAGAGGCUUCUUUGGGCCUCUUCUAUGGAGACCCACCACACUCCAUAAGAUGUUGCCUGUGAGGAAAUAUGCGUCUUAAGCCUAAAUGGUGGAACUAAAAUGAAUCCUGUACAGAGCUGGGAAUUCGUCAGACAACUACAUGGAAUAUUUUGGAUACACUUUUUGUUUUUUUCUUCUCCUUUGUAGGAAAAAAAACUAUUUCUAUUUUCAACCAACUUUUUCUGAUACCAAUUAUACGUUUGCGCUCGAGAAGAAAAAAAAAAUACAUUUUGCAAAAGGGACUGAACAGGGUAAUGGCAGGGAGGACUACGCAGUCAUUAUCUCCACGGAUAGUCUGCUUCCUGUACUACAUGUGUCUGCUUCAACGCUUACAUUUUUUAAAAAUAUGUUUUACAUUAUUUAAUUGAAUAAACUUGUAACUUAUUGUAUUUAGAGGUAGGAAAAAAAAUCGACAUAAUAAUAAUAAUUAACAAGAUGGGUGAUGGGAGACAUAGUCUCACAGAUAAUACACAUUUGAGGACGUUGUAUAGGGUUGCAUGCACCUAAAAUCGAGUCUGGUUCCUGCUGGCCUCAUACUGUAUACCAUAUAUUGCUUCCUCUUCACAGGUUGCUACCUAUAAACUCUCUUUUCUAGAACCUAUAAUAAUACUAAUGUUACCUGACCUACACUUCCACUAGUGUGUAGUGGUCACAUGAUGCCAUAAAGUGGAACCGUAGUGGUCACAUGAUGCCAUAAAGUGGAACCAAUGUGCUGAAAUGAGUAUGCACAUGGGGACGGUUCAUAAUAGCCUUCUAUGAGCACUGUGCCAAUUGGUUUGCAGAGAACUUACAGUAGAAAGUAAGCUAAUUAAUAUUACAUUUAGAUUACAUGAAGUUGAGAGUCAUACAGUACCUCUGAUUGUUAAGGUUAAUAAGCAAAGUCUGUAGGUCACAAUGCAGGCACUUUAUAUUUAAAAUAUUCUUGUUGUGUAGCCAAAUCCCCUAUAUGUUUCAAUUCUCAAGGAUGUCCAUGAAUUAUAUUGCACACUGCCUUUAUAGAACCUCCCUACUCUUCCCUAUCCACUGCAGGUUAGGUACACCUGUUUUCUUUGCAAGGGUCAAAGUGCGCCCCACCUAGGUGGUCAUUCUUGAUUUCCAAGGAGAUUUUCUGCAAAGUAUAUAGAAUCCAUAUCGUAUAAUGGAAUAGGGCAGUAUUCCUCAGAGAGGAUCUACUCAUGAAGCAGUGAAAAGAGUAGAGAAGUGAGCUAGUGUAGAAGUUGCCCAUGGCAACCAAUUAGUGCUGAGGUAACAUUUAUAAAAUGCAUUCUAUAAAAUUAUACGGAGAAGCUGAUUGGUUGCCAUGGGCAACUUCUCACUACCUCACUUCUCCACACUUUUCACUGCUUCAUGAAUAGACCCCUAGACUGUAUGUUGGCACAAAUCUUCUAGAAGCUAUCUUCACAACAGAGUGAUCAGGUCGGUAAUACAGCACUUGUACAAUGCAAAUCUGCUUGCACAGGAAGGAUUCAAAGGUUUCACUUUGCAAUACAAGUCCUCAAAGUAAUACAUAUUGGUAAAUGCAAAAACGCUAUGGAAUAUUGUGUUACUUCUCCAAAACAGCAAUCCUGUAUGACACAAGCCUUUGUCUUCUUUGUGACCUCUUUACAUUUGUCACAUUUUUGUGUGUGCCAGUGAGUGUAUGACUUUUUGGACUUCAUUAAAGCAAGAUAAGACCUUGUAUAACUGUUGGUCGCUGAUCGCUGUAUGGUGCAGCCAGAAGGAGGAUACAGGGCGCAACAUGGACCAAUCCGUAAUAGUUCUUAUUUCUCUAGGUUUUUAAAGUGCUGCUUUCAUGAUAUCUGCUUUGUUAGAAAAAGAAAAAAAGACAAAUAAUAAUACUGUUGUUUUUUUUUUGUUUGUUUUUGUUUUCUCUCGAGAUGUCCAUUGAGAUUAAAUCUCAUGUUAUGGGAUUUUGUAUA